AUGAAGCUGAUUGGUGAUUUGAAGAAGGAAUUAGCAAAGUCCUUUGAAAUGAAGGAUUUGGGCCUUGCGAAAAAAAUUUUGGGCAUGCAGAUCAUGCGAGACCGAAAAUCCAAGAGGUUAUGGUUAUCGCAAGAACGUCAGAGCGCAUUGGAUUUGAGUAAGAAUGCGAUGUACCACUCUCGCACGAAGCACAUUGAUGUCAGAUAUCAUUGGCUACGUCAAGCAAUGAAAGAACAACAGUUCAAGUUGGAAAAGAUUCACACUGACGAUAAUCCUGCUGACAUGAUGAAGAAAGUUGUAACAGGGGGAAAGCUUCAGCUUUGUGCCGAGUUGAUCGACAUGGAAUGCAUGUGA